AUGGCCCCUACAGCCAGCGCUUGGGCGACGCAUGUGGAGCUUGCCCAUGAGGUUGCUGGUGAGCCCUUGAAGCCUGGGAAGGCUCUGGGCCUUGAGGUGCUUCCAGAUCCCAUUGGCCUUCUGAGGCUGAACCGUGGGGUCCCAGACUGCGUUCGCGCAGCGGCGAGAAGCGACGAGUUCUGCACCGUUGUGCAGGAGCCUGGUGCCGCCACCGCUUGGGUGCCGAGACGGGUCUUUUCAAAGGAGCUAGUGCAGUCGGAGGGUGCCGAAGAGGUCACCCCGGGCCAGUCUUGGUGCGCCCUUCGGAUCGAGGCCCGGACGCCUAGCAGUUUCAGCCUCGCAGGGCCUCUCUUCAAGACGCUUGCUGCGGGCUCCAUACGAGCCCGGCUACUCUCAGUCUUGGGCCCUGAAGUGAUCUUGAUUCCGGAGUCUGAGCUGCCAGCUGCAGUUGCGCUCCUAGUGCAAGAGGGCCACGCGCUGUGGCCUACGGGUCGGCUCUCCGCACCGGUAUGGCGCGAGGUCAGUGCCAGUGAUCCAGUCGCAAAGGAGCUGGCGGGUGUCUGGAGCCUUGUGCAAAGAGAGCAGCCUCUGGGCACCACCGUAGCAGAGUUCACGGACGGUGACGGGCCUUUGAGGCUCCAGGCACCCUCUGGGCUCUUUGUCGAGCUCUGUAUCCCAAGAAGAAAGGGCCACGAUCUGGAAGAGGCGAGCUUCGGUGGCUACUGCCAUGUCGAGGCAAACGGCCGCCAGUUGCAAUACGUGCAGCAGAGGCGGAUCGAUUUCCAGCCGCCCCAAGUGGAGGUGCCAUCUUUUGUGGUGACCCCCGGCGACACCUCCAUCGAAGUGACGGCCGUCGGCGCCAAUGAGUUCCGGGAGCUGUGGGCGCGCGUGGGUGCGGCCGGCACUCAAGAG